UCUUGAAAUGAUAGAAAAUAUCUUCCAUUUCUUCAGAUUCUCUUUAUUGUGUAAAUAGAUAAAUUACAAAUCGAUUGUAUUUGAAAAAAGAACUUUUUUGCCAAAAACAUUGGAAUGUUUUUUUUUUAAAUAAAAAGUAAAAAGCGAGUUAAAAAGCGAGUUCGAUGUAAAUACCGAUCACAUUCAGUUUAAAUUUAGGCCACAUGUACAUCACAACAUAGAGGAUAGCCUGUAUUUUUGUUCACAUUCUGCUGCGGACGAUCGAACAAAUUACAAUGAAAACAACUAAAAAAAAUCGAUGUCAAUGUUGUAACAAAACGUUGACUACUGAUUAUCGCUUGGUUUUUGGCGAUGAAGGAAAAACACAUAAUAUUGCAACACUUUUACACGAUUACAUCGGUAAAUCGUUACAUGAACAGGAUGGAAAUACAUAUGCUAUAUGUGAUUUGUGUUGGCAACAGUUGUUACAAUACAAUGAUUUUAAGCAAAAAUGCCUUCGAGCGAAUGAGAUGUCCAGUGACGAAGAACAAGAAGAAGAUGAAGAAGGAGAAGAAGAAGAAGUCAAAGACGAAAAUCUGGCGAAUACAUUGAAUUAUGAGGACAGUGAAUAUCUGGAUGAAUCUCAAUGUGAUGGCGACUAUGAAAUGAAGGUUGAAUAUUUGGAAGAAAAUGAUUUUGCAAAUGAAUGGGAUAAUGAGAAGAAAACAAUUCCGUUUGAUUUUACAUCGGUUCUUGUGAAACCCAUUUUUAUGUUGGAAAUUGAUAAUGCCGAUGAUUUAGUAAGAAUCAAGCAGAAAAUUUCACUUGGAAUACCACGACAUGAUCUUAAAACAAAAAUGCGAUGUGGUAAAAAAGGUGGUGAGAAUUUGGAUGUCGAAAAAAUUGCCACAUCUGACGAUUUAAUCAAUAUUUUGGAGGAUAAUUAUCAAUGUGAAAGUUCAUAUUCGAAAAAGAGCCGCGAGAACGACAGUACCAAUGACAUUGAUCUCAUAAACGAUGCUCAACCGGCCGACAUUAGUGAAUAUUUAAAAUCCAUUGCUUCAAUCACAUACGAAGAGUCAUAUGAAAAUUUCAUCAAUUGCAUGCUUUGCUCCGAGGAGAUAAUGAGUCAACAGCAUUUGAUAUAUCACAUAAAUGAAAGUCAUACACUGGCCGAUGGCGUUUUAUGUAUAUUUGACGAAAAUUGCCCACCAUUUGAUGAUUUGGUUAAAGUCCAAGAGCAUAUUUUUCACGAGCAUGUCGAUUUAAUACCAACACAACUUUGUCUCACUUGCCAAACGUGCGAGAACACGUUUAAGUCAUCGGUACAAUUUGGAAAGCAUAUGUGCCUAACAAUCGAAGAUGAAAGUACGGAUUUUCAAUGUGCCACCUGUGAUAAAAAAUUAAAUUCAAAAAAACGAUAUCUAUUCCACACGCAAUUUCAUUUAAAAAAAGCGCGUCCAAAAAUCUGUAUAAUUUGCGAGCUCAAAUUUGAAAAAGAAGAAUCAUUUUAUAAUCAUGUGAUGUUCUCGCACGAACGUGUCUAUGAAUAUUUUUGUGUGGAAUGUGAUAAAAGUUUUUCCUCGAAUUUUCGACUGGAAUUGCACAUUCGAUCCCAUCACACAAAGCGAACGGUGCAAUGCAGCGCAUGUGAUAAGACAUUUGUCGAUAAAAAUAUGCUGGAUGAGCAUACGUGCAUACGAGCACAAACCGAAAAAUCACUUGAAUGUCCUGUUUGUAGGAAGGUGUACAGUCGAUCAUCACGAUUGAGAAAGCAUAUGACAUCACAUGAACGAUUGCAAGAGAAUAGUGUGCUUAUUUGCGAACCAUGUUCGAUGGUCUUCGGCGGUAUUGAAGACAUUGAUGAGCAUUGUAAUCGAUCACAUGACGAGGAUACUGUGAGAAUCAUAAAAAAGAAUGUCUUAUAUGUUGUUUGCUGUGAAUAUUGUGAAUUCGCUUUUAUUGACAAUGAAAAAUUGGCAAAACAUAAAGAAAGCCAUUUAAAUGAUGAAAAACCAUUUAAAUGUGGAUAUUGUAUGGCUUGUUAUGAGACAUAUAGCAAAUUGAAAACCCAUAAAAACACACACCUUAGUCAACAGGUAAAGUUUCCAGUGCAACGGCAAUACAUGUGCGACGUGGAAGAAUGUUGGAAACCAUAUCGACACUGGAGCGAUCUAACGAAUCAUCGAAAAACUGUACAUUUGAUAAAUCCAUCGAUUUAUAAAUGCAACGAUUGUGAAGAAACUUUCUAUCAAAGUUGGAAUUUCAGCUAUCACAAGAAAACCGUGCAUCCCAUGUCAACAAUGAAAUGUGACGAAUGCGAUUUUGAAUGUACAACCAAGCCCAGUUUGAAAUCUCAUCAAAAAAGAGUGCAUUCAUGUAACACAGAACCGCCGUUAACAGCUAAAUCAGUGGCACCGAAACCGAAAAAGAAGGUGCCGGAAGCUGAUCAAUUUUUCAAAGAAUUAGAUGGAGCAAUCGUGUGUAAUAUUUGUGAAAAACAAUUGGCAUCACGUAACAGCGCCCGUUCACACAUUGAAAUGAUCCACUUGAAAGUGAAAAAUUAUGCAUGUGAAAAAUGCGGCAAGGAAUUUUAUCUGAAAAAAGACUAUAUCGACCACAAACGAUUACAUACAGCCGAAACACCGUAUGAAUGCGCGAUAUGCGAGAGAAAAUUUCGAACAGCAUCAAUGCUCAACGAACAUCGAAAAUCGCAUUCCAACAACCGACCAUAUGGUUGUCCGUAUUGUGCGGCAACAUUCAAACGUGCAUACGUAUUGAAAAAUCACAUAAAACAACACAUCGGAAUUAAAGGGUUUCCAUGUACCGUCGAACAUUGUAAAAAGGAAUAUCGAACGCAAUGGGAAUUAAAUAGUCAUCAUCGGUUAAAGCAUUCUAAAUCAGAUUCAAACGUGCGUCCACCGAUAAUUUGCAAUCAAAUGGACGCAGAUUCGUUCGAUUCAUACGAAGGAAAGACUUUAAAACGACCAAACAAUCAAACCGUCAACCGUUCAUCGAAGAAAAAGGCAAGAAAAUCACCAACAAAGAAAAAACAACAAACGAAAAAUCAAAAAAUAAUUUAUGUGAUGCCUGGACCCGUUGAAUAUGAUACAACACCAGCGGAAUCGACUGAAACUGUUUUUGAAAAACAAACAGCGACCAAUGAAGAUGAUCACAAUUACUUAGCAGCAGAAAAUAAUUCAAAAACAAAUGUCUUUUAUGUGGUCAAUCCACAAAUGACAUCCAACUCAACUACUAAUGAAAUUCAAUCAUCGAAUAUGCAUGAGGUCAUGCCAACCACUAUUUUGGUUUGUAAUCCCAAUUUUACGAUCAUGGAUGUGGCCGCCAUUCAAACAAUUAACAAUGAUGAAACUCAAGCGAGAAUUUCUUAACCUAUUUUUUAGAUUAUUUAUUGAAUGUGAUUUUAUUGCGAUUUUUUUAUUGGAAUAUUUGAAAAUGUAUAGAGAAUUAAAAUAAAAACGACGGCCGGUUAUGUUCGACCAAUUUAAAAUAUUAAAGACCUCAGCACCGGUCGAUGCAUCCAA